CUUGGGGACAGGCAAGAGGACAGGCCUAAGGAGCUGUACUGGGGGAAGCACGGGGCAAGAAGGCCAAGACCUGGCCGGGGGAGGGAGCAUGGAUCCAUCAGGGUCCCAGCAGCGUGGGGGCGAACAAAGCUGGUGGGGCAGUGCCCCCCAGUACCAGUACGUGCCCUUCGAACACUGCACCAGCUACGGACUGCCCUCCGAGAACGGGGGCCUCCAGCACAGGCACCGGAGGGAUGGCGGCCCCCAUCCCAACACCCACCCCCGACAGAUUUAUGGCCAUCGCAAGGAACAGUUGCCAGACAAGGAGCAGGACACGGGGACACCCAAGCAGAUGGGCUCCAGGGCUACCGUGGACAGCGCAGAGGAGGACCACUACUCUAAGUGCCAAGACUGUAUGUGCCGCCUGGGUCACGUGGUGAGAAGGAAAUUGGGGGAAGAUUGGAUCUUUCUGGUGCUUCUGGGACUGCUUAUGGCUCUGGUUAGCUGGAGCAUGGAUUAUGUUAGUGCCAAAACCCUUCAGGCCUACAAGUGGACCUACUACCAGAUGCAGCCUAGCCUGCCGCUGCAGUACCUGGUCUGGGUCACCUUUCCACUUAUUCUCAUCCUCUUCAGCGCCCUCUUUUGCCACCUCAUCUCUCCCCAGGCUGUUGGCUCUGGGAUCCCCGAAAUGAAGACAAUCCUUCGCGGGGUUAUCCUGAAGGAGUAUCUCACCAUCAAGGCCUUUGUGGCCAAGGUUGUGGCGCUGACUGCGGGGCUGGGCAGUGGCAUUCCUGUGGGGAAGGAGGGCCCCUUUGUCCACAUCGCCAGCAUCUGUGCUGCUGUCCUCAGCAAGUUUAUGUCUGUGCUCUCCGGGGUCUAUGAGCAGCCAUACUAUUACACUGAUAUGCUGACGGUGGGCUGUGCUGUGGGAGUCGGCUGUUGCUUUGGCACCCCCCUUGGAGGAGUGCUGUUCAGCAUCGAGGUCACCUCUACCUACUUUGCUGUGCACAACUACUGGCGAGGGUUCUUUGCAGCCACGUUCAGUGCCUUUGUUUUCCGUGUGCUGGCCGUGUGGAACAAGGAUGCUGUCACCAUCACCGCUCUCUUCAGAACCAAUUUCCGGAUGGAUUUCCCCUUUGACCUGAAGGAGCUCCCAGCCUUUGCUAUCAUUGGGAUUUGCUGUGGGUUCCUGGGAGCUGUCUUUGUGUAUCUGCACCGUCAAGUCAUGCUGGGUGUCCGAAAGCACAAGGCCCUCAGCCAGUUUCUUGCUAAGCACCGCCUGCUCUAUCCUGGAAUCAUCACCUUUGUCAUCGCCUCGCUCACCUUUCCACCAGGAAUGGGUCAAUUCAUGGCUGGAGAGUUGAUGCCUCGUGAAGCCAUCAGCACCCUGUUUGACAACAACACGUGGGUAAAACACAUAGGAGACCCCGAAAGCCUGGGCCGGUCGGCUGUGUGGAUCCACCCACAGGUCAACGUUGUUAUCAUCAUUCUCCUCUUCUUUAUCAUGAAGUUCUGGAUGUCCAUCGUGGCCACCACUAUGCCCAUACCCUGCGGAGGCUUCAUGCCUGUGUUUGUGCUUGGAGCUGCAUUUGGAAGGCUGGUGGGAGAGAUCAUGGCCAUGAUAUUUCCUGAUGGUAUCUUAUUUGAUGACAUCAUCUACAAGAUCCUACCUGGGGGCUAUGCUGUAAUUGGAGCAGCAGCGCUGACCGGUGCGGUGUCCCACACAGUCUCCACAGCUGUGAUCUGCUUCGAGUUGACGGGUCAGAUUGCUCACAUCCUACCCAUGAUGGUGGCUGUUAUCUUGGCCAACAUGGUGGCUCAGAGCCUGCAGCCCUCCCUCUAUGACAGCAUCAUCCAGGUCAAGAAGCUACCCUACUUGCCUGACCUUGGUUGGAACCAGCUCAGCAAAUUUACAAUCUUUGUUGAAGACAUCAUGGUACGUGAUGUGAAGUUUGUUUCUGCUUCCUGCACGUACGGGGAGUUGCAAACCUUGCUCCAGACCACCACAGCCAAGACUUUACCCCUGGUUGACUCAAAAGAUUCAAUGAUCCUGCUGGGCUCCGUGGAGCGGUCGGAGCUGCAGGCCCUCCUGCAGCGCCACCUGUGCCCGGAGCGGAGGUUGCGGGAAGCCCAGGACCUGGCCAGGAAGCUGUCUGAGCUGCCCUUUGACGGGAAGCCUCGGCCGGCGGGGGAGGGACGCCAGGGCUCCUCGGCCCCCGGCCGGCCAGAGUCCUUCGCCUUCGUGGAUGAGGAUGAAGAUGAAGACCUCCCUGGGAAGCCCGAGCUGCCUCCUCUUCCUCCUCCUCACCCCUUUCCUACCGUUCCGCUGCCUCCUGAAGAGCCCAAUGGGCCCCUGCCCAGCCUCAAGCAGCAGCCAGAAACAGAAGAACCUGCAGGUCGAAGAUGCUCCAUCUUUCAGUCUCUCCUGCGCUGUUUCCUGGGCAAAACUCGCCCCACAAAGAAGAAAACAAGCCAGGAUUCAACGGACUUAGUGGAUUACAUGUCACCUGAAGAGAUUGAGGCCUGGGAGCAGGAGCAGCUGAGCCAGCCUGUCUGCUUUGACUGCUGCUGCAUCGACCAGUCCCCUUUCCAGCUGGUGGAGCAGACGUCCCUGCACAAGACGCACACGCUAUUCUCGCUCCUCGGCAUCCACCUUGCCUACGUGACCAGUAUGGGGAAGCUGCGGGGCGUGCUGGCAUUGGAGGAGCUGCAGAAGGCCAUCGAGGGGCACACCAAGUCAGGGGUGCAGCUCCGCCCUCCUCUGGCCAGCUUCCGGGUCACAGCCUCAACUCCAAAGACUCCUGGGGGCCCGCUCCCUCCCACGGACACGUGGAGCCUGCCUGAGGAUGGAACUGGGGGCGCUGAGCCAGAGGACGUGGUUCCUACCUCCCUGGAGCACCCUCUGUCCCUGGCUCCAGCCAAGGCAGAGAAUGAGCUGGAGGAGCUGGAGCUGGUGGACAGCCCAGGGCUGGAGGAGGAGCUGGCUGACAUCUUGCAGGGCCCCAGCCUGCGGUCCACCGAUGAGGAGGAUGAGGACGAACUGAUCCUUUGACUGCCCCCAGGACCGCCCCAUCAGGCUGUCAGGAGGCCCAGGCCCGAGGGUGGGUUUCUGUGGGAGAGGGUAGGUCCCAAAGUUGGAGUGAUCGCUCCAAUACCCUGACCCCUCCUUGGAACUUUAAAAUGUGGCGAUGAUGGUCUCAGAGGAGGAGUCCGCAUUUGGGCAGGGACUAGCCUUGAUCGUUACUUAGGCCAUCUCCCCCAUUCCCAGACACCUCAGUGAAGGGCCCCCGUGUUCUGGGAGCUUCCUGAGUUUUCCCCCCAGUGUGGGUGCGGAGCUCCCUGCCUCCCUCUGCCUCCCCUCAUUCCCCACAGCUCCCCGGCGUUCUUGUCCCAGUGCCCUCCUGGCCCUGCCCGUCUGUCCUUCAGUCUCCACAUGGGUGGGUGAAGGGAGACCCAGGAUGGCCGUGGCCCUGCAAGGGCCACAUUGGAGGAGGGGGGACCACCUCACGGCCUUGGGGCCUGAUGGCCCCAGGAUACAUUGCAAAUCGUCCGCAGCCCCUUCUCUCAGAGUCCCCCACGCUAUGGUCUCCUGCUUCCCGAAAUUUGCCUCUAGACUCGAACUGUCUCCCGCUCUCUGUCCCCAAGCAAGGGCCAUGACUAGCACAGAGAAAGGCCAGCCCCAGUUCCCCCUCCUUUGUCCUGGAUUUAAGCAGUGAAAUAUGGAUAGAAAGAUACGAUCAGGAGCAGCCUGCAAGAGGGACUGUCACUGAAGGCUCUAGGUGGAAGGGGCACCUUGAGCCAAGUGGUCAGGCUGUCCCCGUGGUUCUCUCUGACCCCCUCCGGCAGACUCUCUCCCUGUCUCGCAUCACAGCUUCCUCACCCUCACUUCCGGGUCACUUCCUAGAAAAUCCAUCGCCUCUCUUCCUGGGGUGGUCACUGAUCUGUCCUUCCUGAGGGUCAGCUCUGCCCUUGAGCGGCUCUGGCUGGGGCCGCUCCUGCCAAGAGCCACGGCUCAGGCCGGCCAGGCCCUGCGCCAGGUCACUCAGACACUAGCCCUUAGACUAGUUCUUUGUGCUCUUCCUCUGGGGGUGGACAGCUGGGGGUUCAAUGUCAAGACGGCAAACCUCUUUGAUGCUUCCACCCUUGGGAAGUCAGAGCCACAUCCUCCCCACAUCAUCAAUAGGGCGGCUGCCAUGGGCCUGCCUUUCCUGCAAGGGGUCUCAGGGGCUCUGAGCAGCCCAACCCCCUGCUGCUCCCACGCCCCAGGCUUUUCUCCCUCCCUCCCUCAUGCCCUCUCGAAGUGACAUUCUCCUCCUUCACCUCCCCUAGGCCGUCUCCUCCAUCCCCCAAAUAAGACACUCACAGUCAGAGGAAGCCACCACGUUGUGUUUAGUGCUGAUGAACACAGCCUGGAGCCCUCUCCAGCAUUACACCCCUGCCCCCUACCCAGGCCAAGAGAGGCUGCAGCCUGGGGAGGGGGCUGGCAGCGGGCAUGCGAGCCCAGUGCCCCUGUGUAUAUAAUCUAUAGUAUUUAUAUAUAUUUAUAGAAUUCUCUCUGUAACAUAUGCCAUAGAAUCUCUCUUGGGCCUGGGAUGGGGAUGUCACAUUAAGAAAACAUGCUGAGACUGGCCAUAAAAGUGGAUCUUCCCCAGACCUGGAAGAGGAGCAGGGGCUGUGUGGGCGGGGCAGGGCAAAGGUCAUAAACACGGUCACAGUCACCAAGUUUCCCUCCUUAACACAAGGAAAAGAAGGAAGCAGGGCAGGGGACAGGCGGAAGGGGAGGAAUGGGAGGUUUGGGUUUUCCUUUAAUAACGUGAAUUGAAAAUAAAAGUGCACCCCCCACCCCCGAAAGAAAAUCAUUUAGCAAGAGCAGUUUUCAUUCACAAUAAUAUAAAAACAGCCCUGUCCCGGGACUGUUGUAAAUCGUGCUGCACAGCCUGUAACCCCAAAGGAAAAGCAACCCUCCCUCACCCCCAACAGCCUCUUCCAGCACAUGCCCCUCCCCGCCCCCCAAAUAGGCUAUAAGCAAACCCCAUGCACCCUUCCCCCAGCACCAAAGAGGCAGUUUCUCCCUCCAGAAGAGUCCUAAGAGGGUCCCAGGCCAGCUCCCUGGUCUUCUCCCUCUUCGGAGUGGGAGGGGAGCUCCUCACAAAUGCAGACCCUCCCGGCCUUCGGUCUGCGUAUGUGCCAGCCGCCCGCACAGGGGACGUGGCGCCCCACUGGUGUCUGAAAUCGCCUAGAUUCCUUGACAAUUCAAUCACCUUUCGGCAGGGCCUACCUGAAGAAAGGCUUCCUCAAGUAGGGAGGGAAGAGAGAGCGCUGCUUUCGUCUACCUGCCCUAACUCCCCGGAGCCCUGAGCAAAACCGAAAUGAAUGAGUCCACUCACUGGAGUGGACGUCCACUGCGCUCUGGGGGCAGAACAGGGGGCAGGAAGAGGGUGAGAUUAGAAGAAAGGAUGGUGUAUCCAGAGAGCAGGUUGCACUAGGUGAGGAAACGGGCUCCCUGGGAGGAGGGAACCACGAGCAUGCAAAACCCAAGACCUGCAUCGGGAGUAUGGGGUGAAGACACGAGCUCCUAGGCCUGGAAGCCCCGGUGCCUCAUGAGUCAGGUCACAUGAUUACACACAAGGGACAGCUCUGGAUGAGGUAAGCAACUCUUCACCCACCUGUGCUCACCAUGUCUACCCGUGUUUCCUCCAAGACUCACCCUCCCCUCCCCUCCCCUGAGGACAUGGGACCCCAGCCUGGGUUGCAUUUCAGGACCACGUGUGUAUGAAGGUGUGAACUUGACGGGGGCGAGGGGCAGGGUCACAGAUGGACAGAAACACAACUCAACCUCCUCAUUCCAAAGAAAUAGACAUCUGGGGACGGGUGGGAUAAGGUAGUUUGUGCCCAGG